AUGGCCUCUAAACCCGACAUUGUCUUUCUUCCCGGUGCCUGGCACCCAGCCAGCUGUUUGGACAAGUUCGUCCCCCUCCUGACCGCCAAGGGAUACACCACCUACGCGCAUACCAUCAAGAGCGUCGGUACACCCCACGUCACAGUCCAGGACGACGCAGCGUACAUCCGCGAUGAGAUCCUAGAGCCUCUCUUCCAGAAGAAUCGCCAGGUCGUGCUCGUUGUCCACUCGUACGCAGGCACACCGGCCAUCCCGGCCGUCAAGCAGCUGCAUGUGAAGGAUCGCAAGGCCAAGGGCCAACUGGGCGGACUUGUCGGAAUCAUCUGGGUGACAUCCUAUCUCUUCUCAAGCGCAGGAUUUGGUGUCGUGGAUCGUGAGGCAAAGAUCCAAGGUCUGCGCAAAUUCGGGUUGAUCAAUUUGGAAGAGGAUCUAGUCUACCCACGGGAAGACAUCGAAUUCCUCUAUGAUGACGUGGACGAGGACCUGGCCAAGGCUACACUCUCAAGCCUCAAGCCUCAUUCGCUGAGCUCGUUGUUGACCGACAUUGACGAAUAUGGCUACCGCGAUGCGUCGUAUGACGGGUGCAGGGCCUACGUCAAAUGCUUGAAGGAUACUCCUAUCCCCAUCGUGUUUCAAAACCACAUGAUUGAGAGCAGUGGUGUUACCUGGGAAACUCGCGAGUUGGACACUGGCCACAGCCCGUUCCUAUCUCAACCAGAACAGCUCAGUAGUACCAUCGACGAGCUGAUCCAAGGAUUUAAGAUCUAA